UUAGGGCCGAGGCCAGCGCCCUGGGAACUCCGGGCCCUUAAACGGAGUGUAUACCCGGAGAAGAGACGGACAUCAGACAGCUGAGAAGCUGGUGCUGGUGCCACAAUGCCUCCCACUCAAGCAGAAAGUGUUAUAAAGAAUAUUAUACGAGAAAUAGGACAAGAAUGUGCAGCCCAUGGAGAGAUUGCUUCUGAAACAGUGGUUGCUUUUAUGGUGAAAGCUGUCGUCCUGGAUCCAAGCAAUGGCUUUAACAUGGAUAGGACCCUCAUCAAGAGUGAUGUGCAGAAGCUUGUCAAGCUUUGUGUGGCUCGACUCUUGGACAGUAAAAAUCCAUCCCUGGAUACCAUUAAGAUGCAGGUCUACUUUGAUAUGAAUUACACAAGUCGAGAGGACUUUCUUGAGGAACAUCAUCGGGUCUUGGAGUCCAGAUUAAGCAGCGUUAGCAGAGAAAUUACAGACAACAGAGCAUGCACUAGAGAAGAACUGGAAAGUCUCUACAGAAAGAUCGUCAGUUAUGUGUUACUGCGGUCUGGGCUUGGAUCCCCCACGGACAUCAAGAUCGUCAGAGAAGCAACAGCUGCUCUGCAGAGUGUUUUUCCUCAGGCGGAGCUGGGAACGUUUCUGACUCUUAGUAAAAAGGACAAAGAACGCCAGCUCAAGGAGCUCACCAUGAUUGUUACUGGAAUUCGGUUAUUUAACAGAGACUGUGGGAAAGGAGGAGAAGGCAUUGACGAUUUGCCAGCCAUUCUCCAUGAAGCAAUCCCAGCCACCACACAGCACAUUGACGCCCAGCUCCAGAUUGCCCAAGACCAGGCAUUUCGAUACACAGCCAUCCUUGAGAAAGUGACAAAGAACCCACUCAUGACCAAGGAGCUUGAGCCAUAUAUGUUAAAGGAAGCAUUGUAUAAUGUUCGGCAGUAUGAGAUCUUCCUCCAGACUGUUUUGUCAGAUAUAAUCACUUGCGCUCAAGAAGUGGAAAUGAUGAUAAAACAAUUAGCAGCUCAGCUGGAACAAUUGAAAAUGACAGUGAAAUCCAAGACAGCUGUCCCCACAUCACAAGUCUUCCCUAUAUUCAUUGCACUGGCAAGUCUGUGGAUGAGCUUUCAGGAUGAGACGGUGCUGAUUAGUGUCCUCAGUAAUUUGACCACUAACCUGGAGCUCUUCCUGGGCACUCAUGAGCUUCUCUUUCCUGAGAAAGUGAUCCAAGGUCUUCUUGAUGGUGUCAUUGUGAAAACUGACAUGUCUAGAAUCAAGGAGCAUAUGGAAGAAAGAGUACAUUUGCCAGAUUUCAGAAAACUAGAAUGGCUUUUUCCGGAAACAACAGCAAAUUUUGAUAAGCUGUUAAUUCAGUACCGUGGGUUUUGUGGCUACACGUUUGCUGCGACAGAUGGUCUUCUUCUCCCAGGAAAUCCAACCAUCGGAAUUUUGAAAUAUAAAGAAAAAUAUUACACUUUCAAUACCAGAGAUGCUGCAUAUUCAUUUGCAGAAAAUCCUGAACAUUACAUUAACUUGAUUAAAGAAAAAGCCAAAAAGAAUGCAGAACUAAUUCAGCUACUAGAACUUCAUCAACAAUUUGAAACUCUCAUACCAUAUUCUCAGAUGAGAGAUGUUGACAAGCAUUAUAUAAAACCAAUUACGAAAUGUGAAAACAGCACACAGACAGAUACACACAUAUUGCCACCAACUACUGUAAGAUCAUAUGAAUGGAAUGAAUGGGAAUUAAGAAGAAAAGCCAUAAGACUGGCUAAUCUACGCCAGAAAAUUACUCACUCCGUACAAACUGACCUUAGUCACAUGAGAAGAGAUAAUUCCUCACAGGUGUACCCUUUGAAAAAUGUUAGCACCCAGUCCAUGAGAGAAGGCAGCACUCGGGUGCCCAAGCCCCAGAUUUUCAUAACUGGUCUUCGUGGGGGACAAAGCAAAACAACCUACGGGGUAAAAGUAAACUUAACCAGAGCAGUGGAUGAAACCUAGAGAUGGAAUUUUUAAAGGAAGCUGCUCCUGAAUAGGAAGUAUGGAAAAGAGUUGAAAAUACUAUACAUGUACAUAGUUAAUUUUGUGGAGUGACACAGGCAUUGGUUAUGUGAAUAUGUAUUAGAGCCCCAUAUCUUCCCUGAAUGCUAUAAAAACCUAAAAGCAAUUUCUGUAGCACAUUUCUUAUUCUAUUAAAAAUGACAAAUUAAA